GUGUGUGUGUGUUCUGUUUUGCGCUAUAGCCGGCGGGCGGGCACUAAAGUGUGCGUGUGAGAGCGCGUGUCUGUGUGUUGGAGCGACUGCGGUGUGCGAGUGCGUGCGUGCGGACGACCCAAAGGAACCAACCGGCGGCCGCAGUCGACGGGACCACACGAACGGCCACUCAUAAGUAUAUACAGCUCCGUGACGGUUUCGUGCUGUGGAAUUGGGUCGGUUGGCGGAAAUAAGUUGGCGUUCUAAUCGCGCCGUGAACGAUAUUGUUAUACAGACAAGUACACACACCCGAGGAACGACCCAAUCGAGUGUCCGUUAAAUGGCUUUUCUGAAAAUAUCCACAUCCCGUAAGUGCAGUCAAAUAUUAUUGCAAGAGCCGUUCAGGAACGACGUGUACGCUCGACUUGUGCGGUCUCUGACAUCCAAUGCCAAUGGACUCGCAGAACAGCACCAGCAGCGCAGGAACAGCAGCGUGGUGUCCGGCCCGUCAGCCAUCGACACAAAGCCCAAAUUCGAUCCACUGGACACAUCAUUCGCCAACCCGGAGGCCACGUUUAAGAGCAAGACCACCUGGGAGAUAUUUAGAGCUUACAUAGUUUACCAGCUAUGCUCGUCCAGUUACCUCGUCGAGAACAACAUGAAGCUCAUGAAACUUUGCAAAGCAGUUUUUGGUGAAAAAUUAUUCACGGUAAUGAUGAAAAUGACAUUUUAUGGUCAUUUUGUUGCGGGAGAAGAUCAAUAUCGUAUUGUUCCUACUUUGAAACGCUUAAGAUCUUUUGGUGUUAAACCAAUUUUAGACUAUUCUGUUGAAGAAGAUCUUAGUCAAGAAGAGGCAGAAAAACGUGAAGUUGAAUCAAGCAUGUCAGAAAUCGAAAAAAGAGACCAAGAUGCUGCUCAAAAAGAAGGUUCUGUUUCAGCGGAAACAGUUGGAGGUUCUCUACCACAGUACCACGUGGAUAAACAGUUCGCAGACAGAAGGUACAAGGUGCAGAGUGCUCGAACCUAUUUCUACCUAAAUGAAGCUACUUGUGAACGUAACAUGGAAGUAUUCACAAACUGUCUACAUGCAGUAGCCGGUGCUACAUAUGGAACAGGAAUUACAGCAAUCAAAUUAACAGCUCUUGGACGUCCUCAACUUUUGUUGCAAUUGUCAGAGGUAAUUAUGAGAGCUCGUACAUUAGCUAGUGAAAUUAUGGGUGGCAAAGGUAAUGUAAUUGGUCAGCAUCUCACUCUUGAGGAGUUGGACAAACGUUUGUUCCAAGCUGGAAUCAAGGAUACAAAAAAAUUUUUAGAAAAAGUCACCAAGGACAGCCAGGGUGUUAUUCAUUUAUUCCCGUGGAGUGGUUUGUUGGAUGAAAAUUCUGAACUAAGUGAUUCGUUCCGUGUCCCUUGCUUAAAAGAAGGUCGUAUGGUCAGACUAUUAUCUCAAUUGUCUAAAAAAGAAGAGGAAAUGUUCCGUAAUAUGGUUCAUCGACUCAAUACAUUAGUUCAAACUGCUAAAGACCUAGACGUUCGUAUAAUGAUUGAUGCUGAACAAACAUAUUUUCAACCAGCUAUAUCUAGAUUGACUCUUGAAUUGAUGCAAAAGUAUAAUACAGAAAAAGCUAUUGUGUUUAACACAUACCAAUGUUACCUAAAAGAAACACUUAAUGAAGUCAAGACUGAUUUAAAUCAAGCUAAGAGACAAAAAUUCUUUUUUGGAGCUAAACUUGUGCGGGGUGCUUAUAUUGAUCAGGAGAGGGCAAGAGCUGCAGCAUUGGGCUAUGCUGAUCCAACCAAUCCAUCAUAUGAAGCCACCACAGAAACUUAUCAUCAAACGCUGACUGAGUGUUUAACACGCAUUAAGGUACUGAAAGAUCAGGGUGACGAUUGUAGCAAGAUUGGUAUAAUGGUUGCAUCGCAUAACGAAGAUACAGUACGCUUCGCAUUAUCACAAAUGAAAGAAAUCGGAAUCUCACCUGAAGACAAAGUAAUCUGCUUCGGACAGCUGCUUGGCAUGUGCGACUUUAUCACGUUCCCCUUGGGCCAAGCAGGAUAUUCGGCGUACAAGUAUAUACCAUAUGGCCCAGUCAACGAAGUGCUGCCAUAUCUGUCUCGCCGAGCAAUGGAGAACAAGGGUGUGCUAAAGAAGUUGGUCAAGGAAAGAACAUUACUGAGGAAAGAACUUUUCAGACGCAUACUGCGUGGACAAUUCUUCUAUAAACCUAAUGGCAAUUAUACGCCAGUUUAAGAACGACAUAUAAGCCUUAAUAUCAUAUAGUAAGCGCGAGUCUCUAAUGGUAUGCCGAUUAGUCUUAUGUUUUUACUAUUCUCCCUCCAAUAUAAACUUAACUUUACCUAAUUGUAUGACCGAUUAGAUCUGAAUAGCCAGUACUUUUCAGUAUUACAAGCAAUAAUAGUUUGAUUUAUAUUUCAGAAUCUCGUGUUACCUAAACACAUAAACUUGUACUUAAAAGUAAUGGAAAAAUAUGUUUAUAAAAUUCCAUUUUCUUUCUUUUUAUCCUAAAUGAAACUUAAGAUAACCUACCAAUAUGUUCUUAUAAUUUAUUAAUCGGUUGACAUUGAACUGCGCUUUUAAAUUUAUGCCGGCCUUUAUUCGUAGAAGACAGUUAAUUACUAUACAUUAUUACUGUUUAUAAAUAAACUGUAAAAGUAUAAAUAUAUACAUAAAAAAAUAGUUCGUUUCACAUUUUUGUAAAAAAAAAAAAAUGUUAUGUUAUUUUGUUUUAUACAAAACAUUUAGUUCUACGCUAAUAAUGAUAAUAAUAAUAUUGAGCUACUGAAAUAUAAAGUCAUAAUGAGUUGUGCCUAUAUAAGUGAUAAUAUGUUUUGUUAAAUAUUAAUAUUUAUAGAAAA